AUGCACCUCGUGCACCGCAGCGUGUCUCGCUUCCUGCAAGACCGGGUUCCGGACGGUUUCGGCCUGUCCCUGGUCGCCCUGUCCCAGGACCGCGCCCGGCCGCUGAGCAACCUGACCAGGGUCGCUCCCGACACUCGACGCGCCCUCCGAGCCCUGGUGCCCUACGACUGCUCGCCGGGAAAGGGAGUGCACCUGCUCAAAGGCGUUCGCGCCGCAGCCAAGGCAUCGGCCGCCGAACGAAAUGGACGGACGACAGUUCACCAUCGACAGCACGGGCGGCGGAGAAAAGCUCACCGGAAAAAAGCUCACCGAAGAAAAGGUCAGCGAAAAACAAGCACACGCGGAGAAAAGCUCACCGGGCCCUGAGCCAAGGUGGAGAAAAG